AUGAUGGAUUCCAUAUCUACGCCCGAGACUCGCUCAUCUGCCGUUUUCUAUGGCAUUACAGGGCUGGUAUGUUCCACCGUGUAUCUGCUCUCUCUGGGUAUCUAUCGUCUGUACUUUAGCCCGCUUGCCAAGUUUCCAGGGCCGAAGCUGGCUGCUUUAACGCAGUGGUACGAGGCCUACUAUGAGCUCUUCAGCGGCGAUGGCGGCCAGUUUAUCUGGCAUUAUGCUAAGUUGCAUGAGGAAUAUGGCCCAAUCAUCCGAAUUAACCCAUGGGAGCUGCACAUCCAAGACUCUAGCUUCUAUGACGUGCUUUACUCGUCUUCUAGGCACUCCAGCAAGCUUACCACCCUCGCUCACCGUUUCAACAGCCCAGAGUCGGCUUUCUCUACCGUUAACCACUCCAGACACCGCCAGCGGCGGGCGGCUUUGAACCCCUUUUUCUCCCAUCGCAGGAUCGCUGAGCACCAGCCCAACAUCCAGCGAAUGAUGCAUCGCCUCACAGAUCGCCUCACGCGGGAAUACCUGGGAAAAGAGAAAGUGUUACGUAUCGAUCAAAUGUGGGGAUGCUGGACGUCGGAUAUCAUCAACGACUACGCUUUCGACAAGCCGCAUAAUUUUCUUGACGCUCCGGACUUCCACGCGAGCUACACAGAUGCCAUGGUUGAUCUUCUGGAGCCUGUUCACUAUAUCACGCAGUUUCCCCUCGUGACAAAUCUUUUCAAGAUGCUCCCGCUGUCGUGGGUUAAGGCAAUGUCUCCUCAAAUGGGAACUGUGCUAGACUUUAACAACGAAAUGACAAACCAGAUCCGCAUCCUCUUAAACAAGCCGGCAGAGGAAAAGGGGCAAUCCAAGACCAUUUUUGGCGUCAUCCUCGAGUCAGACCUUCCAGCCUCAGAGAAGACGGUUGGCCGUCUCCAGCAAGAGGCAAUCAGCGUGACCGGCGCUGGUAUCGAGACGACGAUGCGGGCCCUCAGUCUGUGCACAUUCCAUGUCCUGGCGAACCCCCCAGUGCUAGAAAAGCUCCAGGCCGAGCUCAAAGAAGCUAUUGUAGAUCCCAGAAACCCUCCCGACUGGGAUGCGCUCUCUCAAUUACCAUAUCUCUCAGCCUGUAUCAACGAAGCCCUUCGAUUCGCAUAUGGAACGUCUCAGCGACUCCCUCGCACGCUCGAGGACGAGCCUCUCCGUUACGGCGAGUGGCUCAUCCCCGUCGGCGCCACCGUGAGCAUGGACAACUACGCCGUGUCCCACGACGAGGCUAUUUUCCCAGACAACAUGACCUUCCGGCCAGAGCGCUGGCUGGGCGACCCAAAGGCUCCUGAUGGGAAGAAACUCUCGCGCUACAUGGUCGCGUUUGGUCGCGGGACACGCUCCUGCGUAGGCAUGCAGCUUGCGUGGGCAGAGCUGUACACGGGCAUUGCGACGCUGUUCCGUAGGUUCAAGAUGGAACUCUACGAGACUGAGCGGGAUGCGAUGGAUCUGCACAUGGACCGAUUUGUGCCGCGUCCUAAGCCGCAUACUCUUGGAGUGCGGGCUCUGGUUAAAGACGAUCUGUAUCAGUGA